UUGUAGAAACAACAGUAUUAAAUAUGAGUAUUAUCUAUGUUAAAAUAUUAGUGUGACGCUAUAAUAUGUGAAUAAUAGAUGAUUAGAUACAAAUAAGUAAAUUAUAUUAUUUAUUGUCUAAGGUUAUAAUUAUUUAUCAUAUGUUUGUUAUAGUUUAAUACAAACUAAUGUAGCACUUUAAUGAAUCGAUUACCCACAAUCAUCAAAUUAAUGCUGAAUUGAUUAUCCCAAUUCAUCUGGAAUGAGUGAUACUGAUGAUACAGACGCCCUUUUAGUAAUAUCUCCGGAUACCUUCUUAGUUAACUUUGAUUCUGAUUCUGGAAUAACACUUUGUGAGAAACCACCAUGUGUUGUUGAUGUUAUGAUCAAUCAUGUUGACGAUUUGCGCCAUAAAUUAUCGCAAUUGAAUGCUCAGCUUUGUGGGGAAUCGCAAAAUAAUUAUAGUCUACAAUAUACUCAUAAAUUUAGAUCUGCAGUUGAUUACACUUCAUGCCCUAACAUGGCAAGCAAUGAUGUUAGAAACACAAAUGUUCGAUGUCAAGAUGGUAGUAAAAUGCCUCUGCCAAAUCAGAGCUUAUAUUCUGAAAUUCCCAGCAUGUUCUCUGAUAUAAGCAGUAUUUCAAAUUUUCCCCAUGCGAAUUAUGCAGAUGAUCGUCUAUUGCUUGAAAUAGAUAAUUUUCUAACAAAAACUGUAGCAGGGUUUGAAAAGCAAAAGUUUGUUAAGACUACCUCUUCAUAUUCAAGGGCUUUAGGCAAUGAUAAUCAUGAUUCAAAAGAAAGUAAAAAUUCUAGCGGUGUGAAUCCUUUUUUCUCCAGUAAUGAAAAAUCUUGUAUUCCAUUACAAACAAACAGUAAUGAGUAUUUAAACCAAAAAUCAAAUAUAAUUGAUAUGAAAUUCAGUGAAACUCAAAAUGAAAAUAAGGAUAUACAUUCUACAGACGAUUGUGCAAAAAACAGUGGAUACUGCUUUAGUUUUGUACCUGAACUUCAGUUACCUGAUUCCAACAGAGCCACGUAUUCAUCAGAAUGUACUGAUCAAAAACAAAGUGUGCAAGAAUUAUAUAAUGGUGAAAUUACGUUAAGUAAAAAUUUAAGAUCUAAAGAAUAUGAUACUAGUAAAGCAAAUUAUAGCAAAUUAAGUUUAGAAAAAUUAUGGAAUUUUGAAUAUAAAGAUUCAAACAUGGAACAAGAAAGUGAAAAGCUACGCCGAGAGCACUGUGAACAGGAAAUCCAACUUUUACAAACAAAGUUAUUGGAAUCUCAAGAAAAAUUAGCAGUUGCAAUAAAAGUAGAUAAAGCUAAAGACAAUGCUAUAAAUCAAUUAAAACUUGCUUGGCAAAGAUUAGCAAAUAAUUAUGAAAACAGAGAUAUCCAGUUGAAUGCUCUAAUGAACAAUAUGCAGAAAGAAAGGCAGCUGUUAGAAAAUGAAAAGCAAAUUUAUGUAAAGUCUUGUGCAACCCACAAAGAAGAAAUAACAAGUUCAUAUGAAUUAGUUAAAUCUCUCAAAGAAAAAUUAUUAAUAUUUGAAAAAGCUGAACAGGAUUUGAAGAUGAAAUGGAAACAUCAAGAAGAUACAUAUCAAUGUCAACUGCAGAAUACUGAACUACUUUACAAUGGAUUGCUGAAGGAAAAAAAUGAAUUAAAUCAACAAAAUGAAGAGCUCUCUCGAACAGUGGAUACAUUAAGGAACGAAAUAGAAAAUGAACAUAAAAAUUUUGUAUCUGAAGAAACAAAAUGUAAAACCCUUGUGGUUAAAUGUGCCAAUUUGGAAUCUGAAAAUCAUAUUUUGAUAGAAGAAAAAAAGAAUCUUAAAAAUAAACUAUCCCAAGAACAAGAGAAAAAUAAUAGAUUGGAAAUAUUGAAAAGAAAUUUAAAUUCUGCACUCGAUGAAUCUAAACUUCGUGAGGGUAAAUUGUCUUCAGAAGUAAAAAUUAUUAAGAAGCAAUUAGAAACUCAAAAAAAGGAACUAAAGGAAUUUUAUCAAAAUCAAGUUGAAACUGUUGUGAAAGAAAAAAUGCAAGAAUUUCAGACUCAACUAGAAUUUGCUGAAAAAUGCAUGGAAGCAGAGAUUCAAAAACGGGAGCAGACACUUACGGAAAAAUUAAUGAAACAGAUACAGAGUCUCAUACAACAAAGUGAGUUGGAAGUUAAUUUACUUAAAGAAAAACAUAAAGAGGAAAUGGGGCUGUGCAAAUUGCAGUUGAAGAGUACUAGUCAACACAAUUCGAUUUUAAAGGAAAAACUAUCAAAUUACUAUGCCAAACGAGGUAAAAUAGCAGAACAAUUACAUAAAGUUAUGGAAAACCAAUGGCAAGCUGCUUUACAAAUUAUUUCCAGUCCAACAGUUUUAGAUAAAAAUUCAGAUAAUGAUUUGAAUGGUAUAAUGUCUGCACGAAGUAAUUUUGAUGCAGAUGAUCUGAAAACUAUAAAUUAUCCAGAAAAAGAUAUUGAUAAGUUGGAGAAUGAUUCCAGUAUAAAACCAAUAUUGAAGAAAAAUUCUUUGAUGGUUAUUUCAACACCUGUUUCUAGUCGCAAUGUUCCAAAUGAAAAUGAUUUGGAGGCGUAUUUAAAACAAUUUUUGUUGCAUGCAUCUGAAAAUAAACAAAACUCUUCUGAUUGGCAGAAAGUAUCCCAAAGUACGCCUAAGUUGAAAAAUUUUUUAGAGCAAGAUGAUGAUUCAAAAUCGGAAGCUGGAAAUGUUUAUUUUAAGAAUUUAAAAUAAUGACGAAAACUUUUUAUGUUCAGAUAUAAUUUAAAGAAUGAAUUACACACUUUUAUUUAUAUGAAAGAUAUAUUUUAUAAUCAAUAUACAAUGGCAUUAAGUUCUUAUAGUA